UCUCCUUAUCUUCCUCCAAACCUUUUUCUACUAAUGACAAUUUGAGAAGAGCGAACCAAGAUUAGUCCCUUGCUUUAAUCUUAUCAUCAUUUCGUUCCCCUCAAAGCUUAAAACUUUUGCAAUUUCACUUGCACACUGGUAGUAAAUAGUGAGUGUUAGUUACUAUUAAGCAUUAACCCAGAAAAGAGAAAACUCACAGAAUGUGAUGAUCAAGUUUCUGCUCUAGUUCUAGUGUUGUUCUUUCUCCUAUCUCAUAUAAACAAUAAAACCCUUCAUCAUCUUUGUAUCGGUCUUCAAUGGCUGCCUCAGCUUUGGCACUAGCAUCAUCUACCUCCCCAUUAUGUUUAAGAAAGCCCUAUCAAAGGAUUUCACUUUACAAUGCCCGUUCCUUCAUCUUACAUGGAAAACAAUUCCUUCCUCACACUCGUACUAACCUUGAACCUUCUUUUCAUGUUAGAACCCCUCUUGCGGCUGUUCCUUCUUCCUUGCUCCAAAGGGGUGGUUGUGCUUUUUCUUCGGAGGAAGAUGAUGAUGGGGAUGAUACCAAUGAUAAAAUUGAAAAGUUUCUGCAUUUUGAGGAUAAGCCAAUGAAAUUCGCUUUGCUGGUUCUGUUUUGGGCUUCUGCCUCACUGGCUUGGUUUUCUUUUUCAAAAGAUGCUAAUGCUGCUGUUGCUGCUGCUUCUGACUCCAUUAAAGCUUCUGGCUUUGGGUUAAAGGUUGCAAAUUGGUUGAGGAAAUUGGGUUUGCCUGAUGGGGUUGUUGUGUUCACACUUGCCACUCUUCCUGUUCUUGAGCUUCGUGGGGCUAUUCCUGUUGGUUACUGGAUGAAUCUCAGCCCUUUCACUUUAACGCUUUUGUCCAUUCUUGGGAACAUGGUCCCUGUGCCGUUCAUCAUACUCUACCUUAAAAAGUUUGCAUCAUUCCUUGCUGCGAGGAGCUCUACCGCUUCACGAUUCCUUGACAUGCUGUUUGAGAAUGCCAAAGAGAAAGCCGGUCCAGUCCAGGAGUUUAAGUGGCUUGGUCUAAUGCUGUUUGUAGCAGUUCCUUUUCCUGGAACAGGAGCAUGGUCCGGGGCCAUUAUAGCAUCCAUCCUUGAUAUGCCAUUUUGGUCUGGUGUAUCUGCGAAUUUCUUCGGCGUUGUCUUUGCAGGGCUUCUGGUAAAUUUGCUAAUGAACCUUGGUCUGAAGUAUGCGAUUGUUACCGGUAUCAUCCUUUUCCUUGUUUCCACAUUCAUGUGGAGUGUCCUCAGAAAUCUCAGAAAAGGUUUGAGCCCUUCAAAUUGAAAUGAAAUAUUUUAUCUUCCUCUAUCAACACAGAGAGUUGGUGAGGUUUUGUUAUACACUCUUUUCCUCGAGUACUUUUAUGAAUGUAUAUUUGCAUAACAGAGCCUACUAGUUCAAUAAUUUUCAAAAUCAAUAUUAAACAGUGCUAUCUGCAACCAACCUUUCUCCUGAUGUCUUUAAUGUCUUGGUUUAGGUAAGAUUACCGGAUGUAUCCUUUAUUUGUGGAGGGAAAAUUGAUUGAGUUUAAAAUUGACUUCAUAAAUUUUUAAAUUUUCUUUGUUAUAAUCAAUGAUAUGCUAACACAAAAGAGUUUUGACUUUUGACCUCUUGGGUGGUUGUUGUGGUAGUCAGAACUCCUUGAUUGGUUUAUGCUAUCUAAGAUGCCUUUGAUAAAUAUCCUUUGAUCUAAUUUUCAUGUCAGUGAUUGUCCCAUGAACUCAAAUUUCUGAAUACCAAUUCUCUAUCUAUUUAUCCUAUAUGAUAUGUAUGUGGUGUUAAUGAACAAGAACCUCCACUUUAUUUUCGCUUUUUUGGUUCCAGUAUUUCAAAAUCUCAAGUAAUUGAACCCCUGACUCUGACCAUGUUAAACUUCAUUGCAC